AUGACCGACGCUCCCGUUCCCGCGACCGACUCCAUGCGCAGCACUCGCAGCCCCAUCAACACUUGUCCCGGUCGACUCAACUUCCUCGUAGCAAAUCUCCUGCUCGCAAACAUUGCGCCGCCGCCUUCCAAUGUCAUGCCAAAGGCCAGUGAUUACAGCAAGACUAUCGAGGAGCUGAUCAAUCGUGCUGUUCAGAAGCUUACUGUCAAGCUGUACACUGUCGACGCCUUCCCCUCUGAUGAGCUGGUCAAGGAGUGGUCGCAGGAGUGCUGGAUUGUCACCUGCCGGGCGGCACGAAAGAAGUUUGCACCGCAGGAGGGAAAUGCCCGAAUCAUAAUUGCAAUAUCAAAGCGGAAGUCAUCGAUACGAUCUCAUCUUCGGGACACCGUGCGUGACAUGAUUCCGUCGACAUACGAUCUUGCUCCCGAUGCCGUCCGCGAGAACGUCCUGGUGGCGAACAUGACGAAAGUCACCCACCUACUGUCCGGUACACCAAAGCGCUUUGGGUAUAAGGACUUCGACGCAGCUGAACCGGAGAUCUAUGCUGAACUUCCGAUGCUCAUGCAUGCGCUGCAGAAGCAGCUCUUCAUCAAUGCGCGCGACACAGGCCCCGAGUUUCACACCGCCUUCGACCCGAUGCCCAUUCCCACACUUGCAUUUUUACUCACAUGCGCAGAGUAUGGUCUCGAUUCUUGGUCUGCGGGAAAGUUAGACCAGGCACACCAGUUCCGCACAAGCGAGUAUCGCGCCAAAUACCGGAGCCAUCUCUCAUGGCUGAUCGAGGACUGGGAGGCUCUCGAUGCCGAGGCGGUGAGGCAUGUUCGGCAUGAGAUGUACCAGCAAGUCUUACGAUAUGGCAAUAUCACCAUACAAUCAACAACUCAGAAGACAGAGAAGGCUUCUGACGAGACCCGUGAACGCAUGCGACGCGCUCUCGCCACCCGAACGUUUGGUACACGGCACGACGAUGACUUUUAG